UUAACAGCCAAGGAUAUCUUUUAAGCUUGAUUGUUUACAAGUAUGGCUAUUAGGGRAAAAAAAUAUCGCUAGACAGAUGAGAUCUAUUGAGAUGGCAGAAACAAAACCCGAAAGAGUGAAGACAUUUUCUAAUGUUUCUAUAAGUGGAGGAACCCAUGGAAAUGAGAUGACGGGAAUCCACCUCGUGCGGCGCUGGAUGAGCAAUGCAACAGCCAGGACAGAGGUUGAACGAAGUUCAUUCAAGACUCAUCUUCUCUUGAGCAACCCUCGCGCCAUUGAAAAGUGCGUAAGGUACAUACACGUCGAUCUUAAUCGCCAGUUCUCUCACGACCCAAUCACACCAGAUAAAGACAAAUACGAAGUUCAAAGAGCAUGCGAGAUUCAAAAGUGGAUCGCAGAUAACAACGUAGAUUAUUCCAUUGAUUUACAUAACACCACUUCGAACAUGGGGGUAACGUUGAUUUUGACUUCUUUGGCAGCCACAACGAUAGGUUUACAAAUCACAGCUUCCAUUAAAGAGGCGAUUAACUUUCCAGUUUCUAUUCUCUCGUUGGGUUUUGCUUUUGGCAAGAGAGAUAGUGGGUUCACUAGUCUUACGAAGAGUGGCAUAGGAAUUGAAGUUGGGCCAUUGGCACAUGGAACAGUCAAGUCUGAAGUCUUUCAACGAACUGCUGCGGUAGUGUCGAAAACCUUAGACAUCAUUGAAGCGUUCAACAAUGGAAAAGAAUUCCAAGAAAGAGAGAUUGAAUUGUUUGAAUGCAAAAAAAUGGUGAAGUAUCCAUGUGACGAGAAUGGGAAUAUCUCGGCUAUGAUUCAUCCAAAACUAGAGGAACAGGAUUGGAAACCUCUCAAGAAAGGAGAUCCAAUGUUCAUGACCUUUGGUGGACAGACAAUCACCUAUGAGGAAGAGGAGGUCAUUUGGCCGACAUUUAUCAACGAAGCUUCUUAUUUGGAAAAAGAGAUCGCAUUCGCAGUAACGAAAAAAGUCAAGAGGCAUCUAGGAGCUGUCAAAAGAAUUUGAAAAUUCUAUUUUGGUUUAUAGGAGAACAGUUGGCACGUACUGAGCCUGUUUCUCAUCACCCCUAUAUGUAACAAUGUCUGGCCCAUUAGGCCUAGUUAUCGUUUUAAUUAUAGGAUUACAUCUCGUUGUAGGAUUGCAUUUAUAUAUAUAUUACUUAUAGAAUUGACGAUUGAAAAAUUUUAAACUAUGUUAAACUGUUUUAAUUUUUUCUUUUUUUYUUUUCAAUUUGUAGGUGAGUAAGGUAUGCAAAAAUAAAUAUGCUCAGAUUACAUCCA